CGCAUGCGUACAGAGGUCUUGUCUGAACGAGUGAAAGACGAAUAUAAGAGAAGACUAAAACCAAUACGUACUCGAAACACGCGAAACAAAAAUGGAUUAAACUGUAACGCUGAGUGUUGGGGAAAAAACCGGACAUUAAUUUUUUUAAAUAUAUUUAUGAAAUAUAUUCAUUGGAGUACGAAAACGUUGAAUUGUUUAUGUUCUAGUUGGAUUAUUUUUAAACACCAUUAAAUAGACCGAAGUUCUCUCCAGUGUUGUUGCAACGAGUGCUACGGACACAUAUAGCGGUGAAUAUCUUGGGUGAAAGCAUAACUUGUGGAUUAAUUAAUAAAUCAGCAGCGGAGGAAGCCGCUUGUGUACGCUGUGUCUUGUUGUGGAGUUAACGUAUGCGAUAUAGAUUGAUGUGCUCGGCUUAGUGAAUCUAUUUAUCUAAGAAAAUGUUCAACAGGCUACACACUUCCUGAAAAUGUGAAAGUUUAUAAUAAAGAAACGAUUUAAUAUUUAGAAGUAGAAUAAUUGUUUUACUUUAAAGCAAUAUAUUUAGUGUUAUAAUAAACGGUGGUUUUAUUUGUGAAAACAGUGGAUUUUAACCCGUGACCGGGCACAAGAUCUUUAUGAGCGACUGGUGUCUACCAGGAAAUAGCGGCGCAUCGUCGCCCGCCAAUGUGGGAAGCUAAGCAAUGAGCCCCGUGCCCGUAAACAGCCUGUCGUCCGUCGCUAACUUUGGCCUGAAACAACAAGCGUCUGAACUUCCGGUUUUCCAUAACUGGCAGAGCCCACUACCUAACUAUUUCUCUGAGCUCGACAACCGAAGGCACCUUCUACAGGCGAAGAACAAGUUCCUAGAGAUGCACCCUAGCGGUGUUCGAGCAGUGGACAAAAAGACGAAAUACUGUAUCCUCAUGAUAAUGUUCCUGAACAUGACCACGCUGGCAAGCGACAUGAAGGACCCCAUGUUCCUAAGAGACAACAGAGGUGGCACGGCGAUGGCGGACGCACAGGCGAAACUAGGGAACAAUGCGGUUUUUCAGCCGAAAAAACACGUGAUCAUAUCAUACGAGACCCGGCAGUUUCUAUGUAUGGACGACAAAAGUGUUGUGUACCAGUCGAGUGAGUACAAUGAAAGCCAAUGUACUUUUGUGCACGAGAUGGACUCAGAGUACACAGAUAGAUAUUCACGGAAAGUUAACGAAUCAACGCCUGCAUGGUAUUUGGGGAUCAACAAAGAUGGCUCCAUUCGGUGCGGUAAUGUGACUAGAAAAAAUCAAGACAGUGCCAAAUUUAAUCGAAUGGCAGUUGACCAAACAGAGAGUUCAUCAUCGCCACCAUUUAUCGAACAAAAGAAAGAGUGUUGUAAUAAAAGUCGGUGCAAAAACAAGUCAGACAGUGGAGAGAAUACUAGAAACGAGAGUAAAAAGUGUAGACGAUUAAGGACGCGAUGUAAGAAACAAAGACGUAUGGUGUUCAAGCUGAGCUUGAAACAGUUGAAAAAGUAUUAUAACAAGUGUGUGGACAGUAAUAGUGAUUUUAUGAAAGAGUGUAGAAACAAAUCUAAGUCUAAAUCUAAAGCAAAGGACCGGAAAAGACAAAGGAACAGACGAAGAUACAGAACAGAUUCGAAUCCAAGAUGAUAGUUUCUUUUGCAGUCCUUAGUAGAUUAUUAGGAUAUUAUUAUUUCCAAAGAGAUUACAGUGCUUUCCUUUCAACGGUAAGGGAAGUUUGUCAAACAGCGGCGGGUCGACAGGCUUCGUAAAUAGGAGAUGGUGAAAAUCCCUAAUACAGUUUGAUACAUUAUUUAUAUUGUUGUUUUUGACGUAUUUAUUAAUGAAGGCGGAAUUGUCUCAUUGGAAAUCUGAGGAGUAAAACAAUAACAGUCAACUACUGUAAUCUGUAUAAGUAAAGAUGGGCCAGUCAGACGGUUCAGUCAGUGGUGCUGCUUUUGACGACGGACACGUGCACGAUCCCUGAACGUGCUUCGGGAUGUUAACGUUGCUUACAUUAUUAUUACAGUGCCACAACCGGCCAACCCGCUCUGUGACCUGAAAUAAAGAGUCCGGCGGGAUUUCGGCAAACAAUCAUUCCUACACAUGUACUUGUUAUUAUUAUUUGCAUUUGAUUUGUUUAAGAGAUCUUGUUAACAUUGACGCCAAUGCGUUAACUGUAUUUUGUUCAGUGUCUGUCAGAUCCAUUUAUUGCCCUUUUGCAUUUACGCUAAAGCAUUUGAAGACUUGGUACUGUGUACCACCUACGUAUGAUCACGAAUCAAGAAUUUGCCCAUGUUAAAAUGUACAGUUUAUCUUAAUACUCUGUAAUACACGGCCAGUCGUUGCGGCUUUACCCGGAAAACUCGAGGAGCGAAGCUGAGCAUCCACGGACCACCCCAAUGUUUGCAUUACUAGUAACACUUUAAAACAUUUUUCGCGGUGUUUAGCGAAGGUUUUGUUUGAGUAAUUUACUCUGCAUCUGUAUUAUUAAACCGCAUAAUCAUUUUAGCAUAUGUUACAUAGAUCUUGCUGUCUGUUUGGCAACGUUCCUCGAGCUAUUUCUGUUAAAGCCCUGGGGUAAAGUAAACCUGUGAUGAAGAAAUAUGCCAAUGCAGUGUAGAUAUAAUUUAUUUAUUGGCAUUGAUUGUCGAGAAUGCGUACAUAGCUUUCAAACAAAUUUGUUAAGGUAUUAUCUUCCUCAGCCGCUACAAAACUUUGAAUAGUAAACCUUAAAUAUUCUCAGUACAAAAUGGUCAUAUUUCUUUAUAACUAUACAUUUGUAAAUAUAAUUCAAUCUUGUAACAAAUUGCAUUGACACUGGCCACAAUGUACGUUUUCACCCCACGUGCUAGGACUUGCAUCGUUGGAGGUUGCUUCUAUCGAUGCAAGUACAGCAGCGUGCAUGUUUGUUGUAUACAUAGUGUAAGUUACAGAUAUCACUUGUGGUGUCCUCACACGACCAGAUGCCCAUAUAAUUGUUUAUCGAUUUUUAUACCACCAAUUCAUUCGUUGAUUUAAAUGUGCAAUACAAUUUCACUUCAAUUCUUAUCUGCAUGCCUAUUAUAUUUUUAUAAUGUACAUGCGUAGUAUGAUACUUUCUGCCAAUUCAUUGUCUUCCAUUUUCCAUUUAUGCCGAUUUCCCCUUGUAACUUGUGUUUCCUUUCUUCGAUUGUUUUAUUUUAUGUUUGUCAUCGUAGUUACUAAAACGACCGAUUUGUGCUAUUUUGUUCUAUUCUUGUAGAAGGACGGAAACACAAUUUACAAGGUCGGUAUUUGCCUAUUUCGUUUUGCUCGUUCUCUAGUUUUCGUUUUCGUGCUAGAGAGCCUAACCUAAAGUGAAAUAGGAAUUCAUUCAUUCAUUUAUUCAUUCAUUCGUUCGUGCAUUUAUUCAUGCAUUAAUUCAUUCAUUUAUUUACGCUUUCAUUCGGCUCAGCCAGUCGAUCACAUUUUUUAAUCAAAUCUUGUUAACUGCAGAAAACUGUCAUUCAGCUCUAAAUACUAAGGGCAUAAUGGUAAUAUCACCGUUAUUUUAUUUCUGCGAACGAUGCUUUAUGCUUUUCCUGAUGUAUAUAUCGAUAUAUUUAUGAUUAAAAUAA